AUGUUUAAACUAUUGAUCUCAAUAUUUUCGCUCAAUUUAUUCUUAAUUGAGUAAACAAAGACUUAAUCCUCCAAAGACAAGCAAGAUAUCUGUUAUGGACUGGUUUUAAAGGGAGGUGCUAAUAGAGGAGCUUAUGAAGCUGGUGCAAUCAAAGCUUUAGUUGACAAAUUAGAAUCUGACAAAGUCUAAUAUGAUGUUGUUUCAGGCAUUUCAGUGGGUGCCUUAAACGCUGCCCAUGUUGCCAGUUAUGUAAAAGGUGAUGAAAAGUUAAUGGCUGAGGAUUUAGUAUACAGAUGGAAAAAUAUGACAUCUGACAAGUUAUUUUAGAGUUGGAGAUUCGGAUUUAUAGAGGGUUUAUUUUAUCAUUAAGGACUUUUGGACAACUCGCCACUUCAUGAGUAUCUGAACAAGUCCUUCGCAGCGCGUCCCUGUUGUAAAAGGAAAAUACAUUUUAAUAGUGUUGAUACCAACUCUGGCAACAUUGUAUCAUUUGAUGAAAAAACAUUGGCUCAAGACCUUAUAAAAGGUCUGGUUGCAACUUCAUCAGUACCUUUUGUUUUUCCUGGGCUUAAGAUUUAAGACACUCUUAUGAUUGAUGGGGGCGUAGCUUGGAAUCUUGAUGUGGCUUCAGCCAUAUUGAAAUGUAGAGAAGUAGUCGAUUCUGAUUCAAAGAUAGUACUUGACAUCAUUGAUGUUGAUAGGAAAUUGGAUAAGGUUAAAAGGUUAAAUUAUACCACUGAAUAAGGAACUAUAAAGAACAUUAUUCGUUAUUUGGAGAUUAAAAAAUAUCAUCAUAGGAUGAAUGAUAUGAUUGAAAUAGAGACAGCUCACCCUGACGUAAAAGUAAGGUAUAGGAUUAUUCCAAAAUAUUAGUUGGACCCUGUUUAUAAGGAGCUUACCUUUGAUGAGAAUUUGAUUGACAAUUUGAUAUAAUAGGGUUACGAUGAUGCAAUUGAGGCCAUUGAUACCCAAAAAGAAAGAUUAUUAAAAUAUAGGUGA